AUGGUUGGUGGCGUAAAACCCCUCAUUGUUGUCCUAAUCCGCGUCGCUGUAGUGGGGGCAAAUAGUUUGGCGCAGUGCAAAUACUUGCCUAGCGACGUCAACUGGCCUUCUCAAGAUGAAUGGGCUGCUUUAAAUAACACAGUCGGCGGUCGAUUAAUCGCCACCAUCCCUCUUGGGUCGCCAUGUCAUGAUCCUACAUACGACGAAAAGCUAUGCGCUUCUUUGCAGGACCAAUGGCUCUAUUCUGGUAUACAUCUGGAGUCGUCUUCAUCUGUGAUGGCACCCAUAUUCGCGAAUCAGAGCUGCGACCCUUGGCAACCCCAAAGCAAGCCAUGCACUCUCGGCAACUAUGUUAGCUAUUCAGUCAACGUAUCUAAGCCAGAUGAUGUUAUCGCUGCGCUCAACUUUUCCAAUAAGAAGAAUGUGCGAUUUGUCAUCCGUAAUACCGGUCAUGAUUACUUAGGUAGAUCGACAGGAGCCGGUGCGCUUUCAGUCUGGCUUCAUCACUUAAAGAGUACUGAGGUUUUGGAUUGGAUUGAUCCGUAUUAUAAUGGCAAGGCUUUAAAAAUUGGAGCUGGUGUAUUAGGAUACGAAGCUCUUGCGGCAGCGGAUGCGUCUGGGCUCGUUGUGCUAACAGGCGAAUGCCCUACAGUGGGAAUCGCAGGGGGGUACACCCAAGGCGGAGGCCACUCAGCGCUGAGCUCCAACUUUGGCUUAGCCGCCGAUAACACACUAUCCUUUGAAGUGGUCACGCCCACUGGGGAGCUAUUGACAGCAUCAAGAACAGAAAAUCAAGACCUCUACUGGGCGCUUAGUGGCGGGGGUGGGGGUAAUUAUGGCGUUGUCAUCUCUAUGACCGUCCAAGCCCACCCGGAUAACAUGGUGAGCGGCGCAUCAUUCCAAAUUAACGGUUCAGACGAGGACCCGAACCAAAUAUUCGACGCGAUAGACGCCUUCCACGCCGCCCUACCCGAGAUCGUCGACUCCGGUGUAAUGAUUAUCUACUUCUUCACAAACACAUUUUUACAAAUUCCAGCCAUGACAGCAUACAAUAAGUCCUUAGAAGAAGUCGAGCAGAUCCUCGAGCCUCUUACUAAAUCGCUCUCAGCUAUAGGCGUCUCGCUAAAGCCUAAUUUCACAGAGUUUCCAAGCUACUACGAUCAUUAUAAUAAUUACUGGGGCCCCCUUCCACAAGGCAACAUUCAAGUCGGCACCCAGCUCUUUGGAGGACGUCUCAUACCACGCUCAGUACUCCCCGACUUCUCAUCAACCGUGCGCAAGAUCGCAGAGAUGGGGGUGGUAUACAUCGGCGUGGGCCUCAAUGUCUCUCAAUUUGGACAGGGUAAGGCCAAUGCGGUACUACCCCAGUGGCGCGAAUCGAUUGUUCACGCGGCUCUCACUUUGCCGUGGAGCUUUCAAGUUCCAUUUGAAGAGAACGUCGAGACACAACUCAAUAUGACCAACAAGGUGCAGCCUGUGGUCGAAGCGGCUACCCCAGGUGCAGGAGCUUACAUGAACGAAGCCGACUUCCAACAGAGCAAUUGGCAAGAGACGUUUUUCGGGGCGAAUUACCCAGAAUUGAGGAGAAUUAAGGCGAAAUAUGAUCCUGAUAGUCUCUUAUAUGCCACAGUUGGUGUUGGUAGUGAAGCUUACACCGUCAGCAAAGAUGGACGGAUGUGCAGUGCCGUCAAGGCAUCUCCUGAAUCUGUUGCUGAAAUAUAG